AUGCCUGCCCUGGGUCGGAAACUCCGCCAGGGUCAGACUCAAGUGGGUGUUGGCUUCGCCGGCAAAAAUUCCCGUUCCUCCACACUCCGUCGUCAACGUCUAGCACAUCAGAACAAAAUGGCGCCCGCUGCUGGAGCUAAGAAGCAAAAGAAGAAGUGGUCCAAGGGCAAGGUCAAGGACAAGGCCCAGCACGCCGUCAUCCUCGACAAGGCCACGUCCGAGAAGCUCUACAAGGAUGUCCUGUCCUACCGACUCGUCACCGUCGCCGUCCUCGUCGACAGAAUGAAGAUCAACGGCUCCCUGGCACGGAAGUGCAUCAUCGACCUUGAGGAGAAGGGCAUGAUCAAGCCCGUCGUCACGCACAGCAAGAUGAAGAUUUACAGUAUGCCCGCGCACCCCGAACGAGGAGGACCAUUGGGUGCAAGAAGCUAA